AUGAAAUCGACCCUUUUGUCCCUCUUCGCUCUAAGUGUUGCUACUUCUGCUUCGGCCCAACUUGUCGUGCCUUUCUUCCGGAACCCUUCCGUACCGCACUCGUUCGACCGGAAUCACGACCAAGCGCCUCUAAUGGAUCCACUCGGCCCCGGACCGGCGAUACCCCCCUCGGGGUCCUCUCCUUCUACCGACCCGCCCGUAGGCAGCGGAGGCGGAGGUGGUAGCGUGGUCUUAUCGGAUGUGAUGGGUCGGGAUCGCAGUAUCACCCUUUUUGCUGGCUUUAUCCGUGACAUCGAAAGCGCCUCCCUCCGCCUCGAAGACGCAUCGCGCAACACGACCGUCCUGGCGCCGCUCAACUCGGCCGUCGAGAAACUACCCCGGAAACCAUGGGAGGACCCGAAGGAGUAUGACACGUUUGGGUCCAACGCAUAUGAAGGCGGCGACGGGCGCGAGCGGGCACAGCGCAACAUCCGCCGGUUUGUUGAGGCGCACUUGGUGCCCGUGAGUCCCUGGAAGGAAGGAGAGAAGGUGAAGACGGUUGGAGGGGACUCGGAAGUAUGGUGGGAAGAGAAGGAUGGGAGGAAGCUGAUUCAGCCUGGGGGGAUAGAGUUGGUUGACGUCGCCGGGGAAGUGAAGAACGGCGAAGUGUGGAUUAUUAAAGGCGUACUUAACUACGCCUAA